GGGGUGUGGAAGCUAGCGAAAAGGUAGCAACCGCGGCCCAUGCUCCUCGAAGUUUUUGACGCGGCGCACCUCCGACGGUCCGACGGUGCUCCCGGCUUCUGUGGACGAUUCCUCCAGGUUCCCGCGCGGGAGAUCGGUCGCGGCGCGGUGGCUGGCAUCCCGGCCUGCUCGGCCGCGACCAGCGGUGGCGCGGACCUUUGCCCGCUCCCGCCGCCCUGCCCGCCGCCGCCCGCGUGGCCGAACCUGACCUGCACGGGGCUGGCCUGCCUGCGGGCGGUGUGCCCGCCGUGCCCAUCCCUGAGCUGCCCUGAAAGGCAUGUGUGGGCGCUGCUGUUCAUCGCCGCGGCGCUGGACUUCGCGGUGGCGGGGCUGCGUUUGCUUCCAGGCCGGAUCGAGGCAAACUUCCGUCCAUGUAGGUGGUGUCAACGGGGCCAGGAGGCCUCCCUUUCCGGGGUGGCGGCAUCAUUGAGAGGGUUGAUGCCCGGCAGUAGGAUCCUAGUCCGCUACGUCGACGCUGGGGAGG